UAAAGCGAUCUUCCAGCCACCGCCGCCGAAGCUCUGGGAUCUGCAGCAUUUUCCUGGCCCAGAUCCAAGGCAGGCACCCCCAUGAAGGCUGACUUAUUUUAGGGUUUGGGAUGUUUUGUCUGUCUGUUUGGGGGAAGGGUAUAUAAUACUCACACAUGAGUGUAGAUGAUGAAUGGGCUUCUGAGAGUAACUCUUCCUCCCCUGCAGUUUUUAUAGGAAGAGUGUUUUUAUGUCUUUUCAAAGGUGGCCUUGAAGGCGACCAGCAGAUCUAACGCACGCUUAAUUCUACAAGAGCAUCAGCCAACGAUGCUGAAGCUGGCUGACGUUGGCUGCAGUGUGUGAAAUGGUGUUUUCUCCUCUCCAGAGCCCUGAAUGUUUUUUGCUGUUCUGAUGGUAAACGAUGAGACAGGCUACCAUGGAUUUCAGCACCUCGGCUGUGUUUGAUCAGCACAAAGGUGACUCAUCUGAAGAAGUUGACCUGACCAUGGUGUAUCAGGCAGCUUCGAAUGGAGAUGUCAACUCUCUGACUGCCGUGAUUCGGGAGGACCCAUCCAUCCUGGAAUGUUGUGACAGUGAAGGAUGUACGCCCUUGAUGCAUGCAGUUUCAGGACGUCAAGUGGACACAGUAAAAUUGCUGUUGAAGAUGGGUGCCAACAUUAAUACACAGGAUGCAUGCGGCCGCACCAGUCUAUGCCUGGCAACAUACCUGGGCUGGCUUGAAGGCUGCGUGAGUCUGCUCAGAAACGGUGCCAAGCACAACAUCCCAGAUAAAAAUGGCCGCCUGCCACUGCACGCUGCCACUGCAGAGCCUGAUGUGAGACUCCUCAUAGUCCUGCUACAGCAAUCCAGCCUCGGUGAGAUCAACCAUCAGGACACGGAGGGAAUGACGCCGCUCCAUUGGGCAGCUUUCCACAACCGGCCUCAACACACCCAAAUGUUGUUGAAGAAGGGGGCAGACCCGACCCUUGUGGACAAGGACUUUAAAACGGCUCUCCACUGGGCAGUCCAGAGUGGAAAUAGAAUUCUGUGCUCCAUCAUUCUGAGCCAUCAACAGGGCCCGUCCAUUAUCAACUACGACGAUGAGAGUGGGAAGACAUGUGUCCAUAUCGCAGCAGCUUCGGGUUUCGGUGACAUCAUCAACGAUCUGGCAAAGGUCCCCGAAUGUAACCUGCAGGCCCUGGAUGUGGAUGACAGGACGCCCCUGCACUGGGCUGCCGCUGCUGGAAAGGCAGAAUGUGUCCAGUCACUGCUGAACUUGGGCAUGGACAGCAACCUAAGGGACAUUAACGAGAGCACGCCCUUGGCCUACGCCUUGUACUGUGGUCACACAGCCUGUGUCCAGCUCCUUUCCCGAGAAGGCCGAUGUGAAAAACGAACAGGUGUGGGAUGCCAGUACUGCUGCACUCCUGGGAACUUGCACUCAGAAGAAACAGAAAACCAGUCAUGCCUGCAGCUUCCUGCCUCUUCUGCCAUAGCAGAGCCUGCCAGGCCUCUUCCUUCCCAGAAUAGUCAACCCCCAAAGAAGGAAGGACGAUUCAGUGUGCUCAACCAAAUCUUCUGCAAAAGCAAGAAAGAGGAGCAGAAAGCCCAUCAGAAGGACCAGAGCAGGGCCAGACCUAAGGAGGAGGACACCUCGGAAGUCAAUGACAUCAUCGCCACCUUUGACAGCGUCGUGGAUACCAACUGCCAAGAUCAGCCUGGUGACCAGGUAGACAUGGUUGUCUUUAAGAAGAGGACCUCAGAGAAUUCAAAGUAUCUCUUGCCAGAAAAGAAAUCCCUGGCCCGGAAGGGGCUCCCACCUAUCAGAACACAGAGUCUCCCACCCAUCACCCUGGGCAGCAACUUCCUGACAGCCUCCCAUGGAGCCACCUCCCAUGCUGGCCUGAGCUCUGGUCCUCAGCACACUGCCCAGCGUUCUCAGAAAAGUCGAAGUGAACAGGACUUAUUAAAUAAUAGGAAUGGCUGCCAGGUGUCACUAGGUAAUCCCUGGAAGGGUGACACUAGGCAGGUGUUCUCCUGCAAGGCUUGGACCGUGUCUUCUUACGAUAAAUUACUAGACAGGCUGUUGGCUGGCCAGCCUGGUCACCAGGAGCUCACUGGGCCACCACAUCUUCCUCAUCUCCAUAAUCCCUCACCAGGACAAGCUCUUCAGCAUCUCUCCCCAAACAGACCUAAAAUCAGGGAUCUCCCCUUCACUCGGAACAGCCUUGCACCUCUGCCGGACCAAAAAUUUCUAUCUGGAGAACCCCUGAGAACAAACCGGGUGCUUCCAGCGAUUCCAAGCCAGAGGGGACAUGACCCACCACCAGCUGAAGAGAGCAAGCGGUCCUCCAGUCCCACCCAUGAUGAGAACUAACUGCGGAUCGCUCUCUGUGGAAAUAGAGAAGAUAUAUAUUUUUCAACUUUCCAAGGGUGAGAUUACUCUAGUUUAUAUGAGCAAAGUCUUAAUUUAGUAAGCUGAGUUCUACAAGCCAUUCACGGUUUUCUAAUUCAAGGUUCCUUAUUUCAAAUAAAUGCACUCCCUAAACACUCACUUAGAAUCUUCAGGUGUGCAAGCAUCACCAAGCCUAUGAGUUUCUGUGACCCCCUACACACUGUAACUCAGAAACAAAAUACACUCCUGAAGGAUUUAGGUA